UUCCAAUGCCUGUAGAACAUGUCGCCCAGCCUUCCGACCGUCCUGAGGUGCCAACACUGCUUCGUAACUUGAUUGUGCCGCAGAUUAUGUAAAAGACGAUGGAGAGCGACCGGACCGAGAAGAUCUGGAUCAAGAGAAAGGUGCGUGAGCUAGAAUUUCCAAUCAACAGAUGGAUUGAAUGUUCGGCUCGUGGCGAGCACAUUCAACUCUAACCAAGACAUAAAACAACUCGCUGAUGAAAGUGUAUCCUGUACGUCUCAAGUGACGUACGCCACUCGAGAGGCGGGCAAGCAGCUCCUUUAGCAAACCAUUCAUGCGUCUCCUGCAAUACAUGCGCCGCAGAGCAAAAAAAAAAAGGCCGGCCUGGCCGCCGCCUUGCUUUGCGUUCUCAUUGGAUACAAGUCAGAGCAUGCCAACGCCACGCUGGACCGCAUACGCGGACGUGGGAAAGGUGCGGUGGUGACGAGGCUGAAGGCCUCAAGGCUGAGGACUCCGCUCGCCUUUCCGCAUGCAGCUAGCCCGCUUACCCAGCCGCAUCAGACGCCCGGGCAGGCCCCCCCGAAGUGCGGGCAAAGACGCCAGAUUUCCCGUUUCGCGCGCGACCAAAGUCAAGAACGUCGGUUCCAAAACGUUCACUUCCUCUCUUUUCUUCACUCCUCCCCCUCUUCCCUUAUAUUGUACAAGUAUCCCGUUUUCUUUCUCAAAUUUUUUUGUUUUCCUUUUUUUCGUCGCACCACCGGCUGUCUGACCCUCGCCGUUCCUUAAGCAUCUUUUCCUUUGAACAUUGGUACAUCAGGAGGAUGGGGCGCACGAAGUCACCACCCAAGAGGCGCGAGCCGUCGGAGAUCACGAUCGAGGGGAAUGGCGUCACGAAGCGGACGGGUAACGGGAGAGGCGAUGUGUCGAAGAUGCUGGACAAGACCAUCAUAGACGACGGCGAGACAGACAAGGCGCACGCGGCGAGAGCUGCUGAGCCUGGAGUCUUCAACCUGCUCGCUUGCGUCGCGGCCAUAUACGGCGCCUUUCUGACGUGGAGUGUCCUGCAGGAGCGCAUAACCACCACGACGUACGGUCCCGCCUCUGCACCGCAGCGAUGGACGCACGCCAUCUUCCUCAACACGGUACAAUCUCUGCUCGCCUCUCUUGUCGGCUACGCCUACCUCUUCUUCACGACCGCUCACCCUCACAAGCCCGGCAGACCCGCGCCGAUAUUUCCCAGCGCCGCCAUCACGAAGCCGUUGAUCCUAAUCGCCAUCACGAGCUCGCUGGCGUCGCCCUUUGGCUACGCCUCGCUCAAGCACAUCGACUACAUCACCUUUGUGCUCGCCAAGUCGUGCAAGCUGCUCCCCGUGCUGUUCCUGCACGUCACACUGUUCCGAAAGAGAAUCGCGCUGUACAAGUUCGCCGUCGUCGUGCUGGUGACCCUGGGCGUGGCCGUGUUCACGUUGCACGCGCCGUCGGCGGCAGCCAAGGCCGCGAAACACAACGCCAAGAACGCCGCCGGUGCAAACAAGGUGUACGGCCUCUUCCUGCUGUCGGUCAACCUGCUCUUUGACGGGCUGACCAACACGGUCCAGGACGACAUCUUCCUCAAGUUCAAGACGUACUCGAGCCCCCAGAUGAUGUGCGCCAUGAACAUCCUCGCCACGAUCCUCACCAGCGCGUACCUCGUGCUGUCGCCCUACGUCGCACCCACGCCGAUCGGCCAAUACAUCGGCAUGGGCACCGGCAACGAGCUCGCCGAGGCGCUGUCCUUCAUCAAGGCGCACCCCCAAGUCGGCUACGACGUCGUGGGCUUCGCUCUCUGCGGCGCCCUGGGCCAGGUCGCCAUCUACUACACGCUGGGCAAGUUCGGAAGCCUGGUUCUCACGACGGUCACGGUGACGCGCAAGAUGCUGACGAUGCUGCUGAGCGUCGUCUGGUUCGGGCACCGCAUCACGCGCAUGCAGUGGCUCGGCGUCGGCCUCGUCUUCGGCGGGAUCGGCGGCGAGGCUGGCAUGAAGGUUCUCAAGAAGAAGGAGGCGGCGAGGAAGCAGAGGGACAGGCGAUUCAGCGAGGCGGGCAGGCAUCGAAAGGAGGCGGGGAUCAAAAAGGAAUAGAAAAUAGAGCUAGAUUCUCGUGAGA